GUUGCUAGUUUAGACUUUAGACAGACUGACGAAAACAGAACUGACAGAUUGUUGAAACUCAAAGAGGCGGCUGCUAAAAUGGAGUCCGCAAUGCUGCGUUGUUCCUCUCCGCCACCGCAAUUCCUCGCCGCCGCCGCCAAUUAUUCACCGGAUUCUCAACUCUUCCGCUGCCACAAGCCAUCUCUCAACUCCAAGUCUUCCAGAAGCUUCUCUAUUCGUGCUUCCGCCUCUUCCAAUUCUUCCGUAGUGAGUUUGCUUGAUUACGGUGCUGGCAAUGUUCGGAGUGUUCGUAAUGCCAUUCACUCACUCGGCUUCUCUAUCAAAGACGUGGAAUCACCGGAAGAUAUUUUGAAUGCAGAACGCCUUGUGUUUCCUGGUGUUGGGGCAUUUGCUGCUGCAAUGGAUUUUAUUAAUCAAAAUGGGAUGACCGAAGCACUUUGCUCUUACAUUGAGAAUGAUCGACCCUUCUUAGGAAUUUGUCUUGGGUUGCAGCUACUCUUUGAGUCAAGUGAGGAGAAAGGAACAGUGAAAGGUCUUGGUUUGAUUCCUGGUGUGGUUGGACGUUUUGACUCAUCUAGUGGCUGCAGAGUACCUCAUAUUGGGUGGAAUGCUUUGCAAAUAGCUAAAGAAACCAACAUUCUAGAUGAUAUUGGAGAUCGUCAUGUAUAUUUUGUUCACUCUUAUCGUGCGAUGCCGUCUGAAGAAAAUAAAGAUUGGAUUUCAUCUACUUGCCACUAUGGCGACAAUUUCAUAGCUUCUAUCAGAAGGGGGAAUGUGCAUGCUGUUCAGUUUCACCCAGAGAAGAGCGGAGAUGUCGGACUUUCAAUACUAAAAAGGUUCCUAUAUCCUGAAUCUAGCACGACAAAGAAGCUAGCUAAAAGGAAGGCUUCAAAACUUGCGAAGAGGGUAAUUGCAUGUCUUGAUGUACGGGCAAAUGAUAAUGGUGAUCUUGUUGUAACAAAAGGAGACCAAUAUGAUGUAAGGGAACACACAAAGGAGAAUGAGGUGCGAAACCUUGGGAAGCCAGUCGAACUAGCUGGACAAUAUUAUAAAGACGGAGCUGAUGAGGUUAGUUUUUUGAAUAUCACCGGUUUCCGUGACUUUCCUCUUGGGGAUUUGCCAAUGUUGCAGGUAUUAAGGUAUACAUCGGAAAAUGUUUUUGUACCAUUAACAGUUGGCGGGGGGAUUAGAGAUUUCACCGAUGCAAAUGGCAGGCACUAUUCUAGUUUAGAGGUUGCCUCUGAGUAUUUUAGAUCUGGUGCUGAUAAGAUUUCAAUUGGGAGCGAUGCUGUUUACGCUGCAGAAGAAUAUUUAAAGACUGGAGUGAAAACUGGAAAGAGCAGCUUAGAACAAAUAUCCAGGGUGUAUGGGAAUCAAGCUGUGGUUGUAAGCAUUGAUCCUCGUAGGGUGUAUUUGGUGCAUCCUGAUGAUUCAGCGUUUAAGGCCGUCAGAGUGAAAAACCCAGGUCCAAAUGGUGAAGAAUAUGCAUGGUACCAGUGUACGGUGAAUGGUGGUAGAGAGGGUCGCCAAAUUGGUGCUUAUGAGCUAGCUAGAGCUGUCGAGGAGUUGGGAGCAGGAGAAAUAUUGCUAAAUUGCAUCGACUGUGAUGGUCAGGGUAAAGGCUUUGAUAUAGAUCUUGUAAAGUUGAUUUCCGAUGCUGUGAAUAUUCCUGUGGUUGCAAGUAGUGGUGCUGGAGCCGUUGAACACUUUUCUGAGGUUUUUAACCAGACAAAUGCCUCAGCAGCUCUUGCUGCUGGUAUAUUUCAUCGCAAGGAGGUGCCUGUACAGGCUGUUAAAGAACAUCUGUUAAAAGAAGGGAUUGAAGUGCGAACAUAAUUAUGAUUAGAGGACAGUCAUGAUUUUGAGAAAAACUCGACCAGCUUUUUGUUCGAGUCCCCAAGGAGUGACAUUCUCAUCAUUAUGAGUUAAGGGAAUGCCCCCCCUGGCCUAAAGACACCUGGAGAAUGAAGUUUGAAUUUCAUCUUGGUCUGACAGUAUAGAUUUAAUCAGCAAAGCCCGAUGGAAUUUGAGAAUUGAAGACUCAUCUCCAUCUGAAUUUUGAUACAGAUACACACCCUGUAACAAUGUUAUGAGAUGUAACUUUCUAUAUAUUGCUUACUUUCAUCACCUGAGGUACAGCUGAAGAAACACAAAACUUCUGUCAUUUCAUAUUGUUAAUUUGUUAUAUGCAUUUUGCCAAA